CGAUAGUCUGCGGGCGGUGUGGGGCUGCGGCAGCCCGGACGAGGCGUAGGAUCGGGCCACUGGGGGCGACAGGCGGUGUUUUGCCGCGCGAUAUUACGGCCUCUGCUCUAACAGCCGGUGUGCCGAUCCGUCCGUCCCGGUGUCCAGGCAAACCAGAACCAUGCAAGCGAUGGAAUACGCAACAAACUGCCCCGUCAAGGCACCAGUGGAGCACCGAUUCUCCCCAUACACGGAUAACGGAGGCACAACUCUCGGCAUUGCUGGCGAGGAUUUUGUUGUUUUGGCCGGCGACACGAGAAACAGCGAGGGAUACUCGAUCAACACCCGCUUCUCGCCCAAGGUGCAUGCUCUGUCGAAUCAAAGUGUCCUGGCCAUUGGCGGUAUGCAGGCUGAUUCGAUUGCCCUGCUGAAACGCCUCGGCCAGCAGUUGGAGUGGUACCGUCACCAGCACGACAAGUCCAUGAGCGUCUCGGCCUUGGCGCAGCUUCUGCAAGUCAUCCUCUACGGCAAGCGCUUCUUCCCUUAUUACACCUGGAACAUUCUGGGCGGUAUCGACGCAGAAGGCAAAGGCGCCCUGUAUGACUACGAUCCCGUCGGCAAUUAUGAGCGAGUAAACUGUGCCUGUGUCGGGUCGGCCUCGGAGCUUAUCCAGCCGUUCCUUGACAGUCAGGUUGACUUCAAAAACCAGGUCAAUGCCACCAAGCGAUUCCUGGCCAUUGAGGAAGUUAUUCGGCUGGUCAAGGAUGCCUUCACAUCAGCGACGGAGCGCGAUAUCCACACGGGUGACUUCCUGCAAAUCGUGAUUGUGCGAAAGGACGGAAUCGAGACCCAGAUCCACGAUUUGAAGAGGGACUGAGCAAGCGCUCCGAUACGAGCGUGCUUGAAUACAGCGUUCCAAAAUGAAAUGGGACACCCCGUUUUGAGCCAUGGCAGUGGUUUUUUUCUGGAACCUGAAUACACCCACCCGCUCAUUGCAA